AUGAAGUUUGGGAAAGAGUUUGUGGCACAGAUGAUUCCAGAAUGGCAACAAGCUUACAUGGAUUAUGCUUGUCUCAAGACCAUUCUUCAAGAAAUCCAAACUUCUAGAAAAAGGUCAGACAGAUCAGGUGCCUUGAGACACAAGCAACCUGUCCGCCGCAACUUCAGCGGCCUGACAAGGCGAUAUAGCCGGGCCGCCUCGUCUUUGGAACUCGAAAACCAGGACAUUCUGGUGACUGCAAUGGUUGGCGAUGAUGGGUUUGAGAGAUACGAGACGACCGUCUUAACAGUUUCAGAAGAAUGGAGAGAGUCAGAGCUUGUCUUCUUUAAAACCCUAGAUCUCGAGUUCGAUAAAGUGAACCAUUUUUACCGGUCUAAAGUGGAGGAAGUGGUGAAAGAGGCAGUGGUUUUGAGUAAACAAAUGGACGCUCUGAUUGCUUUCAGAAACAAAGUAGAUAAACCAUCUUCUUCUUGGACCUGCUCUGAAACAGUAGCAGUCGAUAUGAAUGCCUUGGAUUCCAAGGAACACAGGAAUACAUUAGCUGAUGAGAUGGGAAUCAAAGUAGAGGAAAAUGGAGAUUUGACGAAAGAGAACGUACCAGAGACUUCAAGUGUUCUUGACCGUAUCAGAUUAAACAAAACUCAGGAAACUCCUCUGUCAAGAAUUAGAAACGUCCUCAAGCUCUCUAACAACGAAGAGCUCAAAUUCACAAAAGAGAAUCUUAGGAAAAUAGAAGAACGGCUUAAGAAUGUCUUGAUCGUGUUUUAUCGCAAGCUUCGACAUCUCAAGAAUUACAGCUUCUUGAACACUUUGGCAAUUUCAAAGAUCAUGAAGAAGUAUGAUAAGACUGCGAAAAGAAGUGCAGCAAAAACAUAUAUGGAGACGGUAGAUAAGUCUUACCUCACUAGCUCUGAUGAGAUAAACAAGCUUAUGGUGAGAGUUGAACAUAUCUUCGUCGAACAUUUCGCCAGUUCCAAUCGAACCAAAGGAAUGAAUCUCUUACGACCAAAAGUGAAAAAAGAGAAACAUCGAAUAACGUUUUCAACUGGCUUUUUCUUCGGCUGCACAGUCUCUCUAGUGACUGCUCUUGCCUUGGUCGUCCAUAUUCGUAAUAUAAUGGACGCAAGAGGACAUAAACUCUACAUGGAAACAAUGUUUCCUCUUUACAGUUUGUUUGGAUUUGUUGUUCUCCACAUGGUCAUGUACGCUUCAAACAUAUACUUUUGGAAGCGGUUUCGUGUGAAUUACCCUUUCAUAUUCGGAUUCAAAGAAGGAACAGAGCUAGGUUACAGACAUGUUCUUCUUCUAAGCUUUGGUCUCGGCACGCUUGCUCUCGCCGCUGUUCUGAUAAACCUUGACAUGGAGAUGGAUCCUGACACCAAAGACUACAAAACAGCAACUGAACUUCUUCCCCUUUUUAUUGUUGCUCUAGUGUUAGCUAUUAUUGUCUGUCCCUUGAACAUUUUUUAUCGGUCAAGCCGUUUCUUCUUCCUUAUGGUUGUCUUUCGCUGCCUUGCUGCGCCUCUCUACAAGGUUAAUCUUCCGGAUUUUUUCUUGGCGGACCAAAUGACAAGUCAGGUUCAAGCAUUGAGGAGUUUGGAGUUCUACGUUUGUUACUAUGGUUGGGGAGACUUCAGGCUCAGGCAAAACACUUGCAGAUCAAGCCAUGUAUACAGCACAUUCUACUUCAUCGUCGCUGUGAUUCCUUACUUGUCACGUUUCCUUCAGUGUGUUCGAAGAUUAAUCGAAGAGAAAGACACAAGCCAAGGCUUCAAUGCUCUCAAGUAUUUACUGACCAUUGUCGCUGUGUGCUUGAGAACAGCUUAUAGCCUUAACAGAGGAAACGCUUGGAAAAUCGCUGCGUGGGUUUUCUCGGCGUUGGCAACUUUUUACGGCACGUAUUGGGACAUUGUGUUUGACUGGGGAUUGCUUCACAACCCAUCUAAAACUUUGUUGAGAGAGAAGCUUCUUGUUCCUUUCAAAAGCGUUUACUAUGUUGCAACGGUCGUAAACAUUGUGUUAAGGUUGGCGUGGUUGCAGACUGUGCUGGAUUUCAAUUUCUCCUUCUUACAUCGAGAAACGAUGGUUACUCUUCUUGCUUGUCUUGAGAUCAUACGUCGUGGUAUCUGGAAUUUCUUCAGGUUAGAGAACGAGCAUUUGAACAACGUGGGGAAGUUCAGAGCAUUCAAGUCAGUUCCGUUACCAUUCAACUACGAUGAAGAGGAAGAUUCGAGAUGUAGUUAG